CUCUGAUCUCUCUCUCGCUUAGCUUUCAUUUCCUGCAAUGGCGAUUGAAUGUAUGACCACAACACCAACUCGUAGUGAUGCUCCUAAAGCAGCAGCGGUGGUUUUCGACUCCAGCGUUCUCCGCCACGAGACCAACAUCCCAACCGAAUUCGUGUGGCCGGAGCACGAGAAGCCGGGCAGCUACGCCGCCCCAGAAUGCCCGGUCCCGGUCAUCGACCUCGCCGCCUUCCGUUCCGGCGAUCCCGCGGCCGUCGCGGAAACUCUUAAGCUGGUGAACGAAGCCUGCAAAAAACACGGCUUCUUCCUGGUAGUGAAUCACGGAGUUGACCCAGAUCUCAUCUCCGACGCUAUCCGCCACAUGGACCGCUUCUUUGACUUGCCUCUCUCCUCCAAGGAAAAAGCUCUCAGAAAGGUCGGCGAGAGUUGCGGUUAUGCCAGCAGUUUCACCGGCAGGUUCUCCGCCAAGCUUCCAUGGAAGGAAACUCUCUCUUUUAGAUAUUCCGCCCAGAAAGAAUGUUCCCACAUAGUGGAAGAGUAUUUCCAGGAAUCAUUGGGUCAAGAUUUUGCUCAUAUCGGGGGGGUUUAUCAAAAGUACAGCAAUGAGAUGAGCAAACUGGCUCUGGAGAUCAUGGAAGUGCUGGGGAUGGGUUUAGGCGUAAACCGAAAGCAUUUCAGUGAAUUCUUCCAAGAAAACGACUCCGUAAUGCGACUUAACUACUACCCACCAUGCCAGAAACCAGAGAUCACCUUGGGGACCGGACCACAUUGUGACCCAACAUCCUUAACAAUCCUCCACCAAGACAACAGCGUGAAUGGGCUUCAAGUAUGUGUGGACAACGAGUGGCGUUCAGUGUCCCCCAGCCCCAACGCUUUUGUCGUUAACAUAGGCGACACCUUCAUGGCACUUUCCAACGGAAUAUACAAAAGUUGCCUGCACAGGGCGGUGGUGAACAGUACGAUUACCAGGAAGUCCAUGGCUUUCUUCCUGUGCCCUCACGAAGAUAAGGUGGUGACGCCACCACCAGAACUGGUGGACUCCACUCAUCCUAGACUAUAUCCAGACUUCAAAUGGCCGACCCUCCUUGAGUUUACCCAGAAGCAUUACAGGUCUGACACCGACACUCUACUCAGCUUCUCUGCAUGGCUCCAACAAAACCAAACCCCCAUUGCAACCCAGCCCUAAGCACCGCAGCAGCAGUAAUAAUUUUCUAUUAUCAUAUCCCCGCUCUAUCCCUACUUUUCUACCUACCUUAAUUUAAAAAAAAAAAAAGAGAAAAGAGAUGAGGAUGAUGAUGUCAGCGCCAAAAAAGUAUGAAUUAAUGGAAAUGCCGCUUUUUAUUUCGUAUUUUGUUAUGAAGACAAAGCGUUAUCCAUAUUUAAUUUGUUUUAUUUCAACUUUAUUAUAUU